GAUCGAUUUUGGUUCUGUUGGGUGCAGAGUUCCUUCUACGGUUGUCAUAUAUGUAUAACUGUUUCUAUGGGUAAGAGAUUAGAAGUUGUUUGAAAACGGGCCUAAAUUUUCUAUAUCGAUUCAACUUUUUAGGUGUUGAGAUUCUUUGACUGUGUGUUUUAUUGGGCAGGAGCCUGGACACCGGGACGAUUCGGUUAGUCCUGGCUCAAAGUGCACAGCUGGAAGAACCAGCUAUGCGUCAUUCUAAACUUGCUUGUGAAAUCAAGAAGAACUCGACUUUCCAAAUGUUUCCUUACUAUUACUUCUAAUAAGACAAGACGCUCACUGACUAUCUGUGCCUUUCCAGCAACACUCGGAUGUUCUACCCUCAAGCUUGAGUGGGAGAGAAACUCUCCAAGAUGGAGAUGCUUAUAAACCUUCUCUUCUUCCCGCUGCUUCUGUGUGGAGGAGCAACUGGGGAUGAAUAUAUUGUUCCUUCUCCUAAGCCAGGGGACAGCACUAUCAACAUAACCAAAAUUUUGAAUGAAUUUUUUCAACAAGGCUACGACAAGAGAGUGAGGCCAAACUAUGGAAGAGAUCCGGUAGUAGUAGACGUCUCUAUGUUUAUCAUUGGCAUCAGCUCUGUUUCAGAAGUCCAGAUGUUCUUUAGAAAACAGAUCUGUGUUAGAGGUCCAGAUGCUGAGUUUACCUUAACAGAUAACUAUCAGCUCAAUAUCAAAAGUCCAUAUG